AUGAGCUCCUACCUGGAGUACGUGUCGCGCGGCGGUGGCGGCGACGUGCUCAGCUUCGUACCCAAGUUCUGCCGCGCCGACGCCCGACCCGUGACCCUGCAGCCCGCUUUCCCUCUGGGCAGCAGCGACGGCGCCUUCGUCAGCUGCCGGCCCCUGGCCACCUCCCUCCCCGCGCCCUCGCCCCCCACCGACCCUGCGCAGCCACCAGCGCCGUCUCCGGCCCGGUACCCGCCGUGCACCCUGGAGCGUGCCUACGAGCCGGGCGCCGCACCUGCUGCUGCGGCGGCGGCGGCGGGGGGCGCGGACUACGGCUUCCUGGGAUCCGGGCCGGCCUACGACUUCCCAGCCGCGCUCGGGCGGCCCACCGACGACGGCGGGGCGCACGUCCACUACGCCACCUCGGCCGUGUUCUCGGGCGGCAGCUCCUUCCUCCUUAGCGGGCAAGUGGAUUACGCGGCCUUCGGCGAACCCGGCCCCUUCCCAGCGUGUCUCAAAGAGCCAGGGGACGGUCACCCCGGGGCUUUCCAGACCGCGUCCCCGGCCCCUGGCGCCUACCCCAAGUCUGUCUCCCCCGCCUCCGGCCUCCCCGCCGCCUUCAGCACUUUCGAGUGGAUGAAAGUGAAAAGAAACGCCCCAAAGAAAAGUAAACUCGCGGAGUACGGAGCCGCAAGCCCCUCCAGCACCAUCCGCACGAAUUUCAGCACCAAGCAACUGACAGAACUGGAGAAAGAGUUUCAUUUCAAUAAGUACUUGACUCGAGCCCGGCGCAUUGAGAUAGCCAACUGCUUGCAGCUGAAUGAUACCCAAGUCAAAAUCUGGUUCCAGAACCGCAGGAUGAAACAGAAGAAAAGGGAGCGGGAGGGGCUCCUGGCCACAGCCACCCCGGUGGCCCCUCUCCAGCUUCCUGUCUCCGGGAAGAACCCCGGGAGCCCUUCUGGGGCCCAGGAGCCUUCCUGA